ACUAUAAACUACGUAUAGUUCGGUUGGGUAAAUGAGCGACCGGCUGAGCUUGCUUUAUUCAGUUCGCUACGCGACGUCCUCGAAACGAUCUCGUCCUCUAGGUUGUAAUCGGUGCGGGGGAACAGGUGUCUCCAGAAUUAUUCUAGUGUGAAAAAUUAUCCGUUCUGGUGAAUCUUUGUUUCCGGUCAGUUGGACGUAAGCUCGGAACGAUUGGCAGAACGACAUCAAACGAACGAAUCAAGACGUAAAUCAUGGCUUCGAGAUUACGGAAAAUCGGUAUCACGGCGGCAGGUGUAGCCUUGGGUGCCGCCUUGUCGACCUACGCCCUGAAAAGCAGUGACAUUUCACCACAUCACGUUCAAAUGGAGGAGGUUCAACGGGUUCGUCGCAAGCGCACACUGCCGUCCCGCUCGGAACAGGUCAAAGCCCUGCAGAGUGGCGAAGAGUUCGAUGUGCUGAUCAUUGGCGGUGGGGCAACCGGGGCUGGUUGCGCACUGGAUGCGGUCACCCGGGGUCUCAAGACAGCACUGGUGGAAAGAGAUGACUUUGCCAGUGGAACGUCGUCCAAGUCCACCAAGUUGAUUCAUGGUGGUGUGCGAUACUUACAGAAGGCCAUCCUGGGGCUAGACAUUGAACAGUACAGAAUGGUGAAGGAAGCUUUGCAUGAACGAGCUUCUAUGCUGAGGUCGGCUCCGCAUUUGACGAGACCUUUGCCGAUUAUGCUGCCUGUCUACACAUGGUGGGAGAUCCCGUACUUCUGGGUGGGCAUUAAAGCCUAUGAUUUCGUGGCCGGUGAUCGCAACGUCAAGAGCUCUUAUUAUUUGUCCCGUGAAGAUGCUCUGGAAUUGUUUCCCAUGCUUCGCGGAGAUAGACUGCGUGGUGCCAUCGUGUAUUACGACGGUCAACAGGACGAUGCAAGGAUGUGCUUGGCUAUCGCACUGACGGCUGCUCGACACGGUGCUGCUAUCACGAAUCACGUUGAGGUGUUGCAAUUGUUGAAGAAGAAAAAUGAAAGCGGUAAGGAGGUGCUUUGCGGAGCCAAGGUUCGGGACAACAUUAGCAAGAAAGAGUGGACAAUCAAGGCCAAAUGCAUCAUCAAUGCAACUGGACCGUUUACGGAUUCCAUUCGGCAAAUGGAUAACCCAACCGUGAAGUCAAUAUGCUGUCCGAGUUCGGGUGUUCACAUUGUACUACCGGGAUACUACAGUCCGGCCCAGAUGGGACUACUCGAUCCGGCAACUUCGGAUGGGCGUGUUAUCUUCUUCCUGCCAUGGUUGAAUGGUACGAUCGCCGGAACUACGGAUGCUCCGUGUGAUGUCACUCCAAGCCCGGCACCCAGUGAGGAUGAUAUUCAGUUCAUUCUGAGCGAAAUCAAGAACUAUCUGAACAAGGAUGUUGACGUGCGUCGGGGUGAUGUUCUGUCGGCAUGGAGCGGUAUUCGACCGCUGGUAUCGGAUCCGAAUAAGGGUGAUACGCAGUCCCUGGCACGUAACCAUAUUGUACACGUGAGUGAUUCGAAUCUGGUGACUAUUGCCGGUGGUAAGUGGACUACGUAUCGUGCCAUGGCCGAGCAUACGAUGGAUGCAGCCGUGAGAGCAUGCAAUCUGCAACCGGAACGUGGAUGUGUUACCGAUGGACUGUUCAUCGAGGGUGCUCAGGGAUGGACUCCUACCAUGUAUAUUCGGUUGGUGCAGGAUUUGGGCCUGGAGGUAGAAGUGGCGAAACAUUUGGCAAUUUCGUAUGGUGAUCGUGCGUUUGCUGUCGCCAAAAUGGCUUCACUUACCGGUAAAAGAUGGCCCAUCAUCGGCAAGAAGCUACACCCCGAGUUUCCGUACAUUGAUGCGGAAGUUCGCUACGGUGUUCGCGAGUACGCGUGCACCUGUGUCGAUAUGAUUGCCCGUCGUUUACGUCUUUCAUUUUUGAAUGUGCAAGCCGCCAGUGAGGCCUUACCAUUUAUUGCUGAGUUGAUGGGCGAGGAGCUGAAGUGGUCGAAGGAUGAAAAAGAGAAACAAAUCAAAGAGGCCGAACACUUCCUGCAAACGCAGAUGGGACAACAGGUGAACCGACAGCUGAAGGAGAAGAUUCCGAUCAAUUUGUCGAAAUCGGAGGUGGACCAAUACACGAAACGCUUCGAGACGAUCGACAAGGACAAAAAGGGAUAUGUUUCCAUUACGGACAUCAAGCGUGCCAUGAAAUCGUUCGGAGAUGCUGAAGUGAGCGGUGAGGAAUUGCAUGAAAUUCUACGUGAAAUCGACAGCAACAUGAACGGACAAGUUGAGCUGGAUGAAUAUCUUCAGAUGAUGUCUGCUAUCAAGUCGGGUUACAUCUCGCAUUCUCGUUUCGCCGCCGUUGCCGAACAGGAGGAGAUUCGCAAGGAGCAAGAACGACUUCGAAGGCAGAUCACCGUGGACCGCUCGGGUGGUGGUCAACGAAAGUAAACUAAAGCAUGCGGAUAAACCUAUCCCUGUUACUUAAAACUUUCAUACACACAAACAUGAAACCCAUUCGUAGCGUACCAAGGGUUAGAAAAAGUGGGAAGCGAAGUCAUUCCCAAUACCUGAAGAUUGCUGGUAUUUUCUCCCGCCCAUUUCUGUAUCUUUCGAUGUACAUACUUAUUGCAUUAUAUUCCCGAUAAACGGACCACCGUCGAUCCGUUGGAACGGAUCAACCUUGUCAAACCGUUGAUUUGGGACGGUGUAGUUGUUUCGUUACAAUUUGAUAGGAUAGGAAAUUGUCCCGCCAACUUACAAUUACUAUUUAUGAAUAUCAUUAUCAUUAUAAACGCAUUACCAUUGUGAAUCAUUUAACAUAUAUCGAAUUCUAUUCGGAAAUAAGCACGACACCGACAACACGGCUGUAUGACAUUACGGAUCACUAGUGUUUACCCUAGGAAUAAAGAAAGGCAAUGAAACCCCUUUUUCAUUGGGAUUGUUGUUAACGGUUACGUACACAGUUUAUUGUUAUUUAAUACAUUUUGUUACAUUUGGUGAGUUGUGCUCUAUGAAUGUCAUAAACUGACUAAAAGACUUUCGAAUAAUAUUUACUUACGGCUAUCAGAGUCGAAGCACGGAAUUGCGCAACAAAUUUCCAAACCAUCAAUUUACAUAGUUUUGUGUGCAUCACAGAAGUAUCAUGCCAUCAGCAGAUUCAUCUUUGUCUUUUUCCAAAAAAAAAAUUUGAUGUGAACUGACAUGAGAAAAAAAAGCAUGCAAUUGAAAUAAAAAUCUAUUUUAAAACUAA